GCAAAUCGAAGCGGCCUCGCCGUAGCUCCCAUGCACAAAGGGGGCUGUUGUGUUCUUCGCAUUGUUUACAUGCGCGAUCGGAGACACCACUCUGGCAUGCGUGCGCGUGCGAGAGCGGCUGCAGCGGCGUCUGUGGUGGGUGCUGUUGCGUCUCCUCCUGCGGCGGUCUCCGGCGACUGAGGAAAGGAGACAUGCCCUAGACGACGCGCGCCGUAGACGACAAUGAGCGCCGUGCUUGAGCCGCCGGUAACGACUCGAGUUCGAGCCCAGCACGUCGUCGACAACGAGUGCUACAUCGUCGACCCCGAGACCCGCGUCACGUAUCGCAAGGGAAAGCUGCUCGGAAAGGGUGGCUUUGCACGUGUACAUGAACUUGUGGAUGUCAGGACACAGCAGGUUUAUGCGGGGAAGAUCAUUCCCCGAUGCCAAGUCAGUCGCCCUGGCCAAAAAGAGAAGAUUCUCCGAGAGAUUGAUUUGCACAGACCCCUUGUCAACAAGCAUGUGGUACGACUUCACGACUUCUUUGGGGAUGCGGAGAACAUCUACAUCAUUCUGGAGUACUGUUCGAGAAAGUCACUUGUACACCUGCUCAAGCAGCGUGGCGGGCAGCUUCCAGAGACAGAGGUCGCCCUGCUGAUGCGCCAGCUCGCAGAGGGUGUACGCUACACUCACAGCCAGGGAGUUGUACACCGUGACCUCAAGCUCGGUAACAUGCUCCUCGACGAGAACAUGGAGCUCAAGAUUGCCGACUUUGGCUUGGCUGCGCGGGUCGCUGACGAGCCACCGAGGCAGGCGGUCUGUGGGACUCCGAAUUACCUGGCACCAGAGGUCCUUCGCAUGGAAGGGCACGGUUUUGCAGCCGACGUCUGGGCCAUGGGCUGCAUUAUGUAUGCUCUCUUGGUUGGCCGGCCACCCUUCGAGACGUCAACACUAACGGAGACAUACCAGAGGAUCCUUCGUGGCGCUUACACACUGCCGCCCGGACUCUCGGACGUGGCACGUAGCCUGCUGGUGUCAUUGCUCCAGCCAGAACCCCAGGAGCGACCAAGUCUGAACGAGGUACUCGAACAUCCGUUCCUGCGGCCACCUCGCGAGCAGUCUGGGCAGCUGUUGGGGAUGCUUUCGCGGCUGCGGAUUGACCAGCCUGCAGCGAACGCAAGCCGCUCCACGACAAGGACGUCUGGUCACAGUGGUGUGCAGGGUUCGGCGCGCGACUCCCCCGUGCCACUUGGUGACUGUGGUCUCUUAGGAACGCUCGGCCGGGUUCUUUGCCCUGACAAACGGAGUUCCAAACUUGGCACCACUCAGCUUCUUCACAGGCUACUGCAGGCCUGCUUAGAUGAAAUGCCCACCUCGAAUUGCGGUGUGCCACCACCGUGGGCAGGUUCAGCAUUGCUUGUGACCAAAUGGAUUGACUACUCCAACAAGUUCGGCUUUGGCUUCCAGCUGUCCGAUCGUACAGUCGGCGUUCUCUUCAACGAUGCCACGCACCUGAGCUUCUCAGCGGACCGCCUGCGUCUUGAGUAUCGAGACAGCCAAGGGUCAAUGGAGGCCCACGCCCCAUCUGGCCUGCCUCCAAGUCUGCAAGAGAAGUACGGUCUGCUCAAGUAUUUCGCUCACUACAUGGAAGAAAACCUGACAGAGGGUGGAGAUGUGCCAAAAGGUUCUGGCCGCAAAAAGAAACCCCUUGUGUACCUACAGCGCUGGAUGCGCACGGAUCGAGCGGUCGUCAUGCAGCUCAGCUGCUCCAUGCUUCAGGUCAACUUCUUUGGGGAUCACACUAAGCUGGUGCUGAGCGCUGAGCGAACAGAGCGCCCCCUGGUCCUUUACAUCGAUGAGCGGCGACGCACGGUGGCCUACACCCUGGCCGCCAUCGCCCGCUUCGGCUGCGACGAGGCCCUUCAAGAGAGGCUACGCUUCGCUCUGGGUGCUCUGCAGGAGUUCGCCGAGCUGGAGCAGCGUGACCCACGCCGCAAUGCCUGAUGCAGUCAAAGUAAAGACACCGAAUAGUUGGUAGUUUCGAUGACCAAAUGGCUGGCGCACCGCGACAAAGACCGAAGAGAGCCGAUGUAGGCGCAAGCUGCCGCAUCUGCGCGUACAAUAUUCUGCCUUUAUAGUGGUGCUUUGUGAAUUUGCCACCUGAUGAGUAGUGUGCCUUUCAGCAAUUAGUCAGAAAGCGCUUCUGUUAUCCAGGUGUUAUCAAAACUGGCCCUUCCUUCUUUUUUUUUUCUUCACAUAAGGUUGUAUCGCGUGUCCGGUGCUUUCACACAGGGGUCACGUUUCACAGAGUUAGGGUUGUGGUGAAGUUUCGAUCAGAGUGAUGUGCUUGUCGAUUGUGUGUUGAUUAAGCCUGCAUCCGUAUACUUCAUCCACGGUGCCCCUUGUGCCACGCUUGAAGGAAUGGUUUCUGAAAGAACAGGCUGUUGGGAGGGUAUUGCAAGGUUGGCUUUUUACAUUUAAUGUCCAAGAAGGCAUGUGCGCCGCGAUUUGCGCUCUUUACAACUUGAAUGACAGAACUUGCGGAGGACUUGCGAAGGUGCCUUACCAGAGAGCGCUUCUCUAGGGCUGUGAGCAUCAAUGCCAGUGCACAAUGGCCAAAGGAUAAAACGUAUCUUGUUAUGUGCAUACCAACUUACUCAUCUUGUUGAGCUCUCAGGGCAAAUCUUUAGUCAAAGCAGCUAGGGGGCUUUCUUUUCGUCAGCUGCUUCAUGGCGGGGUUGUAAGAAGUGCUGUGAAAAUGCCUAGUUUCUUCCUGAUUCGCGCAGCCCUAGCAACAGAGAUGCAACAUUAGUAGAAAAAUGAAGAGACCACAAUCAUUGGGUGUCAGCGUUUGUAGUAGUGUCUGUGUGUCUUCUCUGUUGCAUGGAUAACACGAGUCAAGAAAGGCAUCGUUGUAGUUUCCUAGUGACUGGGACUGUAGAAACAGCUGAUGAUGCAGAUUUUCGUAACUGACUAAACGUCUAAACAGGAAAAUAUGCUCUUUCCUCCUGAGGCUGCUGCUGCAUGCUAGGCACAGUCUUUCUUUUUGUCUUCCUUUUUGUGGGUUGAGAGGCACGGCUUCAUGCGGAUUUGUGCAAGUCGCUCGCACGCUAGAUGCUGCCGUGCUCUGAUGUGAAACUUGUUCCGGGUAUCAGAUUUCCACUCGAAAUAAGGGCAUGCUGUAAGGUUCUUGCCAAUUCUGGCAUCCUCCUUGAAAUUAAAGAAAUUGUUUUUAGUGUAAUGCCGUUCGAUUGUCGUUUCCAUGAGCGUACGCUUGAGCUUGCGGAUGAUUUCGCCCAUGCUUUCUCUUUAAGACAGUCUAAACAAUUUUCAGGUGUGUAAAAGAGUCUGUGAUUGGCUUAAUGCAACAGCUCUAGUACAUUUCAUUUCUUAUUCACGAGUAAUUGGUCGUCCAAUUGGCAGGUCGCUAGUAAUACUAUCAUAAUGUACAAAAUAUUUUUUGUACAUGUUGCCAACAUGCCAGCAAUAACUUUUCUAGCUAGCAGAGCCACUGCAAGAGGAUCGAAUCGUGGAAGGGCGGACCGAUACACGCUGUGUUAUUAGGCAGUUUUUCCCCCGGCUCUUUGUACCUUUCUGGGUCAAAGCGAAUGUGUGCCUGUUGUACUAACUGUGCAGCUGCAGCUUUCAGUCGUUCAUUACAGUAAGGAGCAAAGGUCUCGAAACUGUUAAUAACAGCGUGGCUGCGUCUUGGUUGUCUUUUUACCAUUCCAAGCUGCUUUUUAUACAUUACCAUUCAAUUGUGAGUGCUGAACAAGCAUCCUUCACUGAUACCAAUGGCAGGCUCGGAAAAGCAGCAUGUAGUAGUCUCAACUGGUGACUACGACGUGCUGUGAUGUCGGCCUAUUAACAGGUCGGAGAUAUUUUGAGGCAAAAGAGAAAGCUGCUGCUAAGCAAGACAAGCUUUCAAAAAUGUUGUGCCAUUGUAAUGAGCAUAUGUUAGCCAUCACAAAAAGAAAUGUGCUAAAAUUUUCCAACUGCCUGUUGUACACUUUUUGCACAUGUGCGCAGUCGUGUACAAAUUGAACUUUUAAUGUGCCAAUUCAGUGAUGUCAAUUUGCUUUGGUGUGUAGAAAUUGAUAUCUGUAAUGUGCAAUAUUUUUUUUCCAAAAAAAAAGGUUCAAAAGUGUGUCCGUCACAAUGAAUAUUUAAAGGCAAUUUAUUUUGGGCAGUGGGAGGGUCACAAAGGUUGUCAAAGUUCACUGCAAUGAGAGUGUGGGAAACAGUGGCUCUAUAAUAAUGUUGCUGUACAUGAAUGAUUUCACUGUCUAUGUGGACAUAAGUGAAUAGUGGUGAUGUUGCCAAAAAAAGAAAAGGGGGGGGGGGCAAUAAUUUAUUUACAAUGUGUCUCAAGAUCUUGAGAACCGUUUUGUCAAUGCAGUUUUUUUUUUCUUUUUUUUAUCAGCAUAGGCAAAACUUUAGGUGCUGAAAAAAAAAACGCAAAAGUGGUCUCAACCAAAGGUCGUACUCAUGCUUGCUGUGCAAUUGCAUACAGAAGGAAUCCCGGCAAGCUUGUCCUUGCAUUGUCCUGACACGGUUUAAAUGCUCAUGGUACAGCUUUUAUUUUGCACCCACCUGCCCGAGUGUUAAAGUUUCCACAAAUGCCAAGCACUCAGCUAAUGCUCCCAGCAUAGAGUUGCAACACUGUGUUAUAAAAGAAAAAAAAAGUGCUUACCAUUUUUUUUAAAUGCAAUUUACUUUUUGUAUGACGUGGUUUUACGUGUAGCCUUUACAAACACUUACGUUUAUUAUACACUUCUUUUACACUAAAACUUACUUUACAAAAUAAGUCACGAAAUAUCACCCAUGCACUUUGCUCAUCACAUGACAGCAUCUGCAUAAAUUAAAAGCAUAAUAUUUUCUGCAUAAGCGAACAUAACCAUUCACAGGCAACCGAUGUGCAAAGUUUUCAUUCCAAUGACCUGUGUGUUGCACUGCGAGUUCACAAUUUAACGAGAUACUCACGUCGGAAAGGCAUAUUUUGUUUAAGUUCUAAACAUGGAAUCAUCACUGUUGAAAUGAAUUCAUAUGAAGUCCUGUAAUUUCACAUUUGCCGCAUUACACUUUGGAAAUGAAAGGUUACAUCUCUGUGUAACCUUUUGUGAGGAUCGAGUUUUUUUUUCCCCGAAUAUAAUGAGUUUUGUUGUGUUAUAAGCAUGGUGCCACUAACAGAGACAUAUGAUAGUGACACUGCAUUGGUAUCAAAAUGUUUUGAACAUUUCCUAUCUAGCCCGUCAGUUCGCUUGGGAAAAAUUGUAUAGUACGAGAACUGUAUAUCAUUGUGGAGGUGCUCAAACCUGUAGUUCGAGGGAAUGGGCAGAUUUUUCUUAGAUUGGAUUGCCAUUUGUAUCGGGCUCAAAAAGUUAGGUGAUAUAAUGAACUGUGUUAUCUCGACGAGUGUGGUCGAUCGGAGUGUUUCACAGCUGGUCAUUUCCUCGCCUCGAAGGACACGUGCAACAUGUCUAAGAAAAAGGAUGAUCGUAGUGCGGAAGCCCAUUCUGACCUAGUCAUGUCGCGGGCAUGCCUAGCUGAUGUGUUGCCAAAGAAGCCCUUCCUUGCGGCUUUCGUUCUUUGUUCGUUUGCGCUUGCACUCGCUGUAUUGACUGCCUCGAGGAACCGUGGGCGUUGUUCCUACAAUCUCCCGUGCCUCUGGUGGGAGAAAAGCAUCGUCCGAAGAGCCACCUUCAGUUUGCCGUCAGUCAGUUGGCCACUCAAGUCGGUGUUUCUCUUCCAAUGUGUGCAUGUGUGUGAGGUUCAGCUAGCGAAUUCUCCAAAAGCCAGUGACAAGGGCCCGAGACAUUGCUCCUCGUGCUCCUUCUUCACCUUCACUACAUGGAACUUAAUUCCAAAGAGCAUGCGCUUUCCCUCACGAUUGGCUGGCUAAUCGUGUAGGUGCAUAGUUUGUUUUUGUGUGUGCAUAAUCUGGAGAACCUGGCUUCAUUGCAAGCCAGCUGCAACAAAAGCAGGAAUUUUUCGGUGGUAUUCUCAAGCGAUCUCAAUUGAAGAUACGAUCACUGCCGAGUUUUGUGCGACUUUGCUAGGAGACUCCUCUGGCACUGUUGUGAAACAUUUGUUGGGAACAGUUGGCCAUACACCUUGACUAGCCAGUGCCGAGUAGCACAACGUUUCGCGAAGCUGAUUGCAUGCUUAGUAGUAAUUAGUGAAUUAGUCAAGGAUAUCACUCAUUAACGGUCAAGUAACCGCAUCGAAUGCAAGGAUGUUCGCCAACCACAAAAGGUGCACACAAUUGUUGAAAUGUGUGAGCCACUGUCGGCUCCAACGUGCAAACUUGCAUGUUUAAGCUGACAGGGCUCGCAAAUUUCACGUUGUUGGUUUUGGUGGCCAUUGAAGGCAUUCAUGUGCGAUUCGAAGCACGAGGGUCCCGAUCAUCGGGUUAUAACUAACAAAAGAUCGUCGAUGUCGUGACGGGUGUGUGCAGGUAUUGUGUAGGUCCGUACGAUGGCAGUCAAGCUUGUCACGUAGCACACAUUUUGCUGCAUGAUUUUUUUUUCUGCUUACCUGUGCAUGUUGGCUGCGGUCAUGGAAGGGCAUUAUGAUAACCCAGCACUGCGCCUCAGCGUCACUUUGCCGCACACAACUGGGACAUCUCAUGUUAGGCCUAGUUGUUGUGACAUAUCUAGUACUCAAAGAUUUUUGCAUCUACUACACUCGCGCCUGUUUUCCAUGUCACAUUGGGAUUUUGUUUAAAAUCAUAUAUGCUUAGUAGGUUAGUAUGCCUCAGAGGCCACUGCCAUUUUGUGUAGCUCUAUUUUUAACCUAACUCUUUUGCUAGGUGUUGCCAUUUCAUUGAGACCUUUCCCCAGUUGGCAUUCUCUAUUUUCACCUUCCUGGUGUCUUAUCCCACCUUUUUUUCCCCCCUCAUGUCAAUACUCUGUAGUCCUCGCCAGUUUCCUGCGCUAUUUUUUGCAGGAACUGUUUUUGAUGGACAAAAUAAUCACUGGUGACUUCGUCUUCAACUUGCCAGAGAGAUAGCUGGCGUUUGUCUUCUUUGCAAACUGAAGGUCUUCCCACCUUUUUUCCACUGGAGAUUGCGACUCCAGGUCAAACUUGUAUUAUUUGUGUGAUGUUUCUUUACAUUUUGGCUCGUGUUUGUAUCUAUCAUGAAUCCUUUCUGUGUUCGUUGCUUCCAAUGUGUUGCUACGUACAAUAAAAUCAGUCUAUUUUCACACAGAAA